AUGUCGCGCCCUCUCUCCCUCUUCAGCGUCCAGGCGAUCCUGGUCCUGGCUAUCGACGAUGGCUCGCGCAUCCUCACCAAGUACUACUCGAACCCGCACCCGCCCGCCGGCCAACAGAGCGACUACCCCGGCCAGAUUGCAUACAAGACGGUCAAGGACCAGAAGGCUUUUGAAAAGGGGCUCCUGGAGAAGACAGCUAAGCAGACAACCGACAUUAUACUAUACGACCAAAAGGUCAUUGUCUUCAAGAUGGAGUCGGACGUCAUGCUGUAUGUCGUUGGAAGCGCCGACGAGAACGAGGUUCUGCUGUACAGCGUCGUCCUGGCCCUCAGGGACUCGCUCAACAUCCUCCUCAAAAACUCUGUGGACAAGCGCACCGUCAUCGAGAACUACGACCUCGUGUCGCUCGCCAUUGACGAGCUGGUAGACGACGGCAUCAUCCUCGAGACGGACCCCGUCGUUGUCGCCUCGCGCGUCAGCAAGCCGCCGGCGCAAGACAUGACGUCGAUGAAGAACAUUGACCUUUCGGAACAAGGAUUCCUGAAUGCCUGGGAGUUUGGCAAGAGGCAGCUCGCAGAGAGGAUACGGCAGGGUCUAUAAGCGUGUUUGGUUUCUGGGGCAUGGCGUUGCUGGAGUUGAGGAUAUAGUGCAUGCUGCAUUGCGAAUGCUAUGAAUCGUGACGUGCCGCAUCAUAGAGUAGGUAGCGCAUUACACCAGAUAAAAAGGGCCUAAUGAAC